AGCGGAGAUUCGAUAUAUAAAAUAAUUCUUAUAACCUAGGUGUGACAUAAACUAUAUCAAUAUGUCAGAUUUGGAAUCUCUCGGAGUAAAAUUAGUGGAUCAAAGUCAUUUAGAACAAUCAAUCACUCAGAAGGCAAAUCAAGUACUCCUUGCCAAAGAUGCAGAACUAGAUGGGAAACGAUUGGAGAAAGCUGAAAAGGAUUUGAAGAAGGUCAUUGACCGCAUACGGACAUUACAACGACAGUUGGACCAUCCAAGAACGAAAAUAUCUCAGAAAAAGGGACUUCGAGAACAAAUCCAAUGGGUUGAAAAGAAUGAGUUGGAACCAGUCAAACAGGAUAUAAGUGAUAUCCAGGCCAGAUUGAAAGAGACACACGACCAGCGGGUGAACCCUAGUGCCGGUGCUCCGAACGUGGAUGCAUCCACGGGCAUGACUACCGAUAAUGUACAGCUUCCAGGAGAAACAGAACGAGAAUUCUUAAUAAGGACAGGGAAAAUCACAGCCUUUGGGAAUGAGAAUUUCUUUCAAUCUGGAGAUCAGGGUGAUGAAGAGCAGGCUAAGAGUCAUACAAAUUUAAGAGCUCCAGGAUUUUAUGAGGAGGAUAAUGACAGAGAGAAGGAGACUGGGAACAAUGAGAUGAAUGAUGACGAUGAUUAUAAUCAUUCUGAUGAACUGGACUCAGAUGAGGAUUCUGGUGCGUCGUCGUCUAGGAAUGUAGACGAUGGAGACGAAUUAGUAUUUCAGCAAAGACUUCGUCGUUGGGUUCGUCAAAGAAGUAAGCAAAGAAAUAAAGAGAACACACAAAUGGAAGACGACGAACCUUCAGGGGAAGAUAUAGAUGAAGAAUGGCAUAAACCACAUCCAAGUAUUCCGGACUCGGUCUUAAAUGAAACUUUCAAGCUUCCAGGGGACAUUUAUCCCUCGCUCUUUGAUUAUCAAAAGACAUGUGUUCAAUGGCUUUGGGAGUUGUACUCCCAGAAAACCGGUGGGAUCAUUGGAGAUGAAAUGGGGUUGGGGAAAACCAUCCAGGUGAUUGCGUUUAUUGCCGGAUUGCAUUAUUCUGGGCUUUUGGAUAAACCUGUGUUGGUGGUUGUGCCCGCCACGGUGAUGAACCAAUGGGUCAAUGAGUUCCAUAGAUGGUGGCCUCCCUUGCGGUGUGUUAUAUUGCAUAGCAUUGGUAGUGGGAUGGGUAAACUGGGGAAGAAGAAUGAAGAAGAUGAACUUGAGGAGUUAUUGGAAAAGGAGGAACCUUCUGGUACACUGACAAUAUUUGGCAGAAAGACCGCCUCAUCCAAGCAAGCGCAAGAAAUCGUGGAUAGGGUUAUGACCAAGGGACAUGUGCUUGUAACCACCUACGUUGGGUUACGAAUCUAUUCAAGACAAAUUCUCCCGAGAGAAUGGGGGUAUGUUGUUCUUGACGAAGGUCAUAAGAUUAGAAAUCCUGAUCUGGACAUUUCACUCACUUGUAAACAAUUGAAAACAUACAAUCGGAUCAUUUUAUCCGGGACUCCAAUUCAAAACAAUUUAGUUGAAUUAUGGUCAUUAUUUGACUUUGUCUUCCCUGGGAGAUUGGGAACCUUGCCUGUUUUCCAACAACAAUUUGCUGUACCGAUUAAUAUGGGAGGUUAUGCCAAUGCGUCCAAUAUACAAGUGCAGACUGGGUACAAGUGUGCUGUUGUGCUAAGAGACUUGAUCUCGCCAUAUUUACUUCGUCGAUUGAAGUCUGAUGUGGCACAAGAUUUACCUAAAAAGUCAGAGAUGGUUCUCUUUGUGAAGCUCACUCAACUUCAACAAGAGCUCUAUGAGAAGUUCUUGAAUAGUGAGGAUAUACAUGCAAUUUUGCGUGGGAAACGGAACUUGUUGAUGGGAGUUGAUAUGUUAAGGAAAAUAUGCAAUCAUCCAGAUUUGAUUGAUCGAGAAGUAUUGAUGAGGAAACGUGGUUAUAAUUAUGGGAACCCGGCAAAAUCCGGUAAGAUGCAAGUUCUCAAAAGCUUGCUACAAUUAUGGCAACGUCAGGGCCAUAGAACUUUAUUGUUUUGUCAAACAAGACAGAUGUUGGACAUUUUACAGAAAUUUGUCGGCAAUUUGCAGCCAGUUAAUGAUGAUGGAGAAGAAUGUGAGGGCCAAUUCCAAUAUUUGAGAAUGGAUGGAAGUACCGCCAUACAUAAACGACAAGAAUUGGUUGACACAUUCAAUGGAGAUUUGAGGUUUGAUGUGUUCUUGUUAACUACCAAAGUUGGAGGGUUAGGAGUGAAUUUAACGGGAGCAGAUCGAGUAAUUAUUUAUGAUCCAGAUUGGAACCCAUCUACCGACAUUCAAGCAAGAGAAAGAGCAUGGAGAUUGGGACAGAAGAAAGAUAUCACCAUUUAUAGAUUAAUGACAGCAGGAUCCAUAGAAGAGAAAAUUUAUCAUCGACAAAUUUUUAAAACUUUCUUAACCAAUAAGAUUUUGAAAGAUCCAAAGCAAAGAAGAUUCUUCAAAAUGAAUGAUCUACAUGACUUGUUUACAUUGGGAGAUCCUGAUGAGGUUGGUACUGAAACUGGUGAUAUGUUCCAUGGUAGUGAACAAAAUUAUGGGGGUAAAGUUGAUAGAAAGAGUAAUAAAUUGUUUAAACCUAAACAUAAGAAUGAUGAUGAUUUCUAUCAAGUUGCCGGGAUGAAUGGGGUUUCCAAAUUGGAUGAAUUUGCAGGUGAUGGUGAUGAGAAAGAAGAUGAAACAAAGGAUGAAAGUAGAAUUAUGGAAGGGUUAUUUUCUCAAUCUGGAGUCCAUAGUGCAUUAAAACAUGAUGAUAUUAUGGAUCUGUCAAAGCAAGAAUUGAGUAUAAUCGAGCGAGAAGCGUCUCGAGUAGCGUCUGAUGCUGCUGAAGCGUUGAAAGAGUCGAGAAGAAUGGCUAGAAAGACCAAAGUUGGUACUCCUACCUGGACCGGGAAAUAUGGAGUUGCUGGGAAAUUUGGCCCCAAAUCAAGCAAAAUAAUGAAGAAACCAAUCUUAGGGAAACCAAUGGGAAAACCAACAAAGGCAGUGGUGGACAAUCCUUUAUCAUCUUCAUCUAUUUUGACGGAAUUAAGAAGUAAAAAGGGAGUUAAAUUUGGAUCUGUCUUUGGUAAAAAGACAGAAGAAUUGGAAAAACCAAGCAAAACUUCAAAAGAGGAAACAAUUGAAGAGAUUACAAAUUUUUUGAAUACUCAACCAAAUCAAUUUAGUAGUUCAGAAAAUCUUUUGAAAGUUGUCAAGAUGAAGAUGGUCACACAACGGGAUACAGUGAUGAUCAGAUCAAUGUUAAGAGAAGUUGCCGAUUGGGAUGUACUGAAGAAGGGGUGGAAAUUGAAGGAUGAAUUCAAAAGAUAAUGAG